UAGACAUGUUUCUUUUGUAUUGUCUGCUGAGUUUUUGUUAUCUACAUGUAAGAUCACAGGGCAUUAAUAUCCUGCAGGUACAAGGCUAUGACUGUUCUAACAUCUGGGAAAGAGACCAUGGCUCUACCAGUGGGAUUUAUACAAUAAAACCAGUGGGAAGCAGCACACCUUUUAUGGUCUACUGCGAAAUGCGAGUCGAUGGAGGCUGGACAGUCAUACAGAAACACAAUGGACAAGAUCAGUUGUCUUUCGACCAAACUUGGAUCGCAUACAAAACUGGAUUUGGAAAUAUCGCUAGUGAACAUUGGCUGGGGCUUGAUAAUAUUUAUUGGCUAACAAAUCAGAAUGGCAGGUCAUCUGAAUUGCUCAUCAACCUCAAGGACUUUGGAGAAAUUGAAAGCUUUGCACUUUACAACAGCUUUAAAGUCGGUCCAGAAAACUGUUUCUACAAGCUACUAGUUGAUGGCUACUCUGGGAAUGCAGGAGAUGCUUUUAGAGGAAGAGACAAUGACACCAAUGAAAUUGGCAGCUAUUUUAGCACCACUGAUAUUGACCAUGACAAAUGCAACCCCUGUGGUAUAGGUGACAUGAGGUAUAAUAGCUGUGCCCGUACUCGCUUUCACUCUGGAUGGUGGUUUAACCGCUGCGGGAUAGCAAAUUUAAAUGGCCAAUGGCAUGAUAAGGGUAGUGAAACGGGCUGGUCAUCUGCAGUGCAUUGGCAGACGUGGAGAAACAACGAGUCACUUAAACAGAGCAUAAUGUAUGUGAGGAAUUAUUAGGUUGCUUGUUUCCAAUAAAAAGGAGAAGACAAGGCAACUUUUUUUUUUUUUCUCUCACUAUUUUCUUUAUUUAAAUGUGUUCUAUUUUACUAAACCAUGAAAUAAACACUUGCUCUUGA